UCGGACGGCUGCUUCUGGCUCCCAUCAUCUCCGCAAGUCCUUGGCCUUCAAACCCGCAAGGAAAAAAUUAUUGGACCACAACAACAAUGCCGGGGAACAAAUCGACGCAUUUAAGUGCCACUUCAACACGUUCAUGUGCUGCUGGAGCAACAGGGUGGAGGAAGAACCUGUGUCAGACAACACGGAUGUCUGUCGCUACGAAAGCACAGAAUUCCCCGGGGAAUCCGAAGGAGAUGUGCACUGCCAUGGAUGGGUGUGGCCCGAGGGCUCAAGCGACGAUUACAUUGAAUACCUGGCUCUGGAUGUCGCGUACAUUAAUCACGUUGAGGAGAAGGGCUACUUCGGACAGCGAGUCUGCCCAGCUUUCCGGGUGCUCCGGUGUGCGACUGUCUGGAAAUGAUGCCGAAGGUUUCUCGGUCCGACUGCAGCCCACCUCAAUGGAAGUGAGUUCAUGGCGUGUCUGAAGAACGAUCUCAGACGCAAGUACAACGAGUUGUACCCAUCUGGCAGCCAAUACACAAUGGUCCAGGAGUGCGACAACCGUUGAGAGAGCUGUAUACAUAUGUAGAUCGGCAUCGUUGCGUCCUCUGGCUGGCCUUGGGGUGCACACGCCUGCAGUAGGUUGUCCCAACAUGUCUGGAGGAUGACCCACCCCUGUCUCGGUCGCCCUUGGUUUCCCCUCCUCUGUAGCACCGUUCCCUAGGCGGGAAUACCUUUUAUUACGGGCCCCAGGGCCUCCUUUAUUCUAUGGACCCUGUACUCUCUUGAGUCUCUGGACUCUCAAGUUUUCCCCCGUGGUGGCCGAAUGUGUGUCAAUAUGUCUCGUACUGCCCAUGUGGGGACAUCGGGUGUCAAGUCAUACAUACGUAAAGAAUCGUAGGCAGCAGUGCGUACAUUGAAACCUCGAGGUACAUUUUACGAUCUAGGGUUAACAGCCUGAAGUGAGUC